CGGCUGCAAUCGGCCUAUCUCUGGUUGCAAGGGGCCGGGCCUGGGGGACGUGCAUUAGCCGCGACUGGCUGCAGCCGGAGCGGGCCAGGGGGACCAUGGCUACCGGCGGGGCCGGUGUGGGGGUGCGGCCGGUGGAGGAGCAGCAGCAGCCGCCGCCGCCCCAGCUCCAAGCCCCGCAGCCACCGGAGCAGCAGGGAGAGCAGAAGCCCCAGCUCCAGCCGCCGCCCCAGCCGCCGCCGUCCCAGCAGCAGGGGGAUUUCUCCUUCCUGCCCCUGGUCCAUGAUACCAUCAAAUGCAUGGACAAGGACAGCCAGGAUGUCCACCAGGUGCUGAACGAACUCAAGACCAAAUUCCAGGAGAUGAGAAAGAUGAUCAGCGCCAUGCCCGGCAUCGGCGUGAGCCCCGAGCAGCAGCAACAGCAGCUGCGCAGCCUGAGGGAGCAAGUCAGGACCAAGAACGAACUGCUGCAGAAAUACAAGAGCCUUUGCAUGUUUGAAAUCCCCAAGGAGUAGGAGGGAAGGGACGGGACGGGACUCCGCUGUAUGGAACUGUGGCCCCAGGGGAAAGCAAGACAUCUCCUCCCCUUCUUUUCUGUCUUCUUCCUACAAGGUUGCUGCUGUGUGGAUCACAGCCACGUGACAUUAACCCGGGAGAACAUUGUGUACCUGACGUAUGAUGAUUGCAGCGGUACAUUUGCUUUGAUCUGCUGUGGGACUGCGUGUAUUUAUAUAUAUCUCUGUUCUGGAGUGCGUCUUUUUUUUUUUUUUUAUGCAAGCGCGCAGGAGGGAUUACGCUUCCCCCUCGCUAUGAGGAGUAAAUGAUCUGGUGCUGACAUUACUGCCUGCAGCCAGAAAGAGGGGGCAUUUUCUUCCCUUUUGUGGAAAUCGACACUGGGCAAAGUGUGCGGGGGAACGGGACUGAAAGGAGCAGAAUGAAGCUCCCUGUCCUGCUCCCAGGAGGCAGCGGAUGCGGUUCUCCCUGCGCCGGUUGCAGAGCGUGUGUCUGGAGAGACAGGAUUGGUUACACCUGCUUUUGUAUUUAUCACCUUUAUUUUUUUUGCAUAAGUGAUGUUUGUAUCUGAGAUGAUCUGAGUAAAGAUUUGAAAACCCUGA